UAGCUCCUUCGACACAUCAUCUUGUCUUGCCUUGUCUUGUCUUGCCCUCUUCACCCCCCGCCUCGACUAUUACUCUUCCCCCCCAUCCCCCAUGCCCCAUCCCCCAUGUCUCUCCUGCUAUAAGCAAUCGCAUCUUAUGUACGUCUGUCUCUCGUCACCCCCCCUUCAUCUCAUCCUCCUGAACGGUUAAACACCAUGGCCGUGGGAUUUCCUUUUUGCCUGUGUUGCCGUCAUCGCCGCCGUCGCCGCCGAACACACCUCUCAAGAUACGAACCAUUCCUGGGCCCCCCAAUAGGACUGGUCCUCUGGAGCCACUGGUGCACGAACCGCCGGUAUAGGUGCAGGUGCGCAGGUGCACAGGUGUGUGCAGCACAGUUACUUGCACUGGCUUGCUUGCUUACUUGCACUGGCUUGCUUGCUUGCUUGCUUGCUUGCCUGCUUGCUUGCUUGCUUGCCUGCUGCUGGCUUGCUGGCUACCAGGCUACCGACACUGCAACUAUUCCCACUUGUUGGGAUGGCCGGCCGCGCGAACCGCCCCCUCCAACUACCAGUUUCCCCCUCCCUCCCUCCCUCUGCUUGGGGCGUCUCCAGGUUCGAACAGAUGAUUCUCCAGGGACCGACCCAUUGUGAAGCCGUAGUUCCUCCGGGGCGGCAACAGCAAACACCGUGUCAGAGAUGAUAGGUAAUCGCAAUUAGGUAUCAUGUAUCAUGUAUCAUGGUAUCGUGUACCAGGGUAUCAGGUAUCAGGUAACGAGUGGCAAGCCGCUAUUU